GAGCCCGCCCGCCCAGCCCGCCCAGCCGGCCCAUCCCAAAACAGCGGAGCGGCAGAGCAGACGCCACUCGCAAACGGGCCGGCGGAAGGACCACAGCGUUCGGUGUUUCCCGUAGACCAAGUAGCUCCGAAAUAUUCAAACAGUGUACCCUCCCCUCGCAGGCACCAUGGCCCCCAUCGUGUACGUGGACUGCAUGUCGCCCUGCUCGCAGUCUGUGGCGCUGCUGCAGCGCGCCGUGCCCGGCCUGGAGGCCGUCACGCUGACCAACGUCAAGCUGGCCGACGGGGACUGCAUGAAGCCGGAGUUCGUGAAGAAAUUCCCCAUGCAUGCCGUUCCAGCACUCGAAGAUGAUGGAUUUUACCUAUGGGAGAGUCACGCCAUCUGCCCGUACCUGAUGGCGGCGUACGCCAAGGACGACAAGCUGUACCCCAAAAACGACCACAAGAAGCGCGCCAAAGUGGACCAGUGGCUGCACUUCUCCAACAGCAUCCUCUACGUCCGACUCCGUGACAUGUCCGAGCCGAUCUGGCGGCAGCAGACGAAGACCGUCCCCGACGCCAAGAAGGAGCGUGUGGCCGCGGCGCUGACGGACAUGGAGACCAUGAUGGGCAACAACAAGUGGCUGUGCGGCGACGAGAUGACACUGGCCGACAUCUGCGCCGUCUGCGAAGUCAACGCCUCCACGGCCCUGUUCGGAGACAUCUCCCAGUUCAAGGUGGUGACGGCGUGGGUGGAGCGUUGCCGCGCCGCCAUGGCGGGUUUCGACGACAUCGUCACCAAGGGAAACGAAGGCUACAAAGCCGCCUUGAAGUUUAUGAUGUCUUCCUAAGUGUUUCCGCUAUUUUCUGUGAUCUUUACCCAAAGAAAGUGCCUCUUCUGCGCUAAAAGUAUUACGGUACUCCUUUGAUAAUUAUUUAAAAUAAAAGGCUUUGCAAGCUUUACAAGAAAAAUGUGUGGAGAUGCUUUGACUCGAUCGAAAAGCCUGAUUGAUUGAAAAUGCCCAUGUUGUCAUCAGAGAUGAGCCUCGAAAUAAAAUAUCUUUUGUAAAAAAA